CGGGCGUAGCUCUUGGUUGCGUCACGUCCGGGAAAACGCGAGACACGCCGAGAGAGAGAGAGAGAGAGAGAGGGGGUUGGAGAUAAAGAUAAAGCGAGGGAGUGAGAGAGAGAUAUACAGAGAGUGAGAGACACCCGGGGGCAGGGAAAGGAGAGGAGAGGAGAGAGCGAGAAUUAUCCGACCGGUCCGGAGCAGAGGUCGGGAAAAGGGGGGUGGAGGAAAAAGGGGGUUGGGGUAGACAGUGACUGGUGUUGUGUGGAUGGUGCAGUGCAGUGCAAUGAGGAUGCAGCGGAACUUGGUGGUGGUUUGUGUUUGCGUAUGCUCGCCGCGCGGUUAGGGGGCACGGCGUAAGGUGCUGCAAGUCGCUGAAAAGUUGAAGGCGAUCGCGGUUGCUGCUAACAACAAUAAGCCAAGGAAUGGAGAAGACAUGGCAGUGGGAGCAGCGAAGGUACUGCUACAUUACUCUACUGAACCUUUUGCCGUUUACAGAGGAGGAUCAACGGGGUUUGCAGACUGCAGAUGAAACGAAGCCGUUGUUUCGAAGUUCUUGUAACAGGAGCGACCUGAAAAGUUCAUCCAGCCAGAAGACGAGACUGUAGCAUCGGGUAUCAGAGGGCGAUACGACCGACCGACUGAGAAGAGCCGCGCCAAGACGGCGGAGAAACGGAACCGAGAGGCAAAAAAUAGAAGAAGAAGAAGCGAACGAAGGGGCUGUCGAAGAGGGAGCUCGGAAAAGCACGGGGACGGAGCUGGGAACGAUCGCUGUCGAAAUAAAAACCCUGGAAAAUUACGUCAUGGGCCCGGCACCCCACAGUCAACUCCACUGAGCGAUGCAAGUAGUUAGGGCCAAGGCCUUGGCCCUACUGGUGAGCAUGUGGCUCACUAGAGAAUGAAGAAGCAAAACGUCCGGACCCUAUCGUUGAUCGUCUGCACGUUCACCUACCUCCUCAUUGGCGCCGCUGUCUUCGACGCCCUCGAAUCCGAAACGGAAAAACGACGCUGGGAAGCUUUGGAUGCUAUUGAGAAAAUGGUGAUACGGAAGUACAACAUAAGCGAGGACGACUUCAAGGUGAUGGAGACGGUUGUGCUGAAGACGGAGCCUCACAAGGCGGGUCAGCAGUGGAAAUUUGCCGGGGCAUUUUACUACGCUACUACGGUGCUCACUACGAUUGGAUACGGACACUCAACGCCGAACACUAUAGGUGGUAAAUUGUUUACGAUGUGCUACGCCAUCGUAGGAAUUCCAUUAGGCCUUGUCAUGUUCCAAAGUAUAGGCGAACGACUUAACAAGUUCUCGUCAGUUGUUAUACAGAGCGUGAAACGUCUUCUAAAUUGCAAGGACAUACAAGCAUCGGAAAUGAAUCUUAUAUGCGUUGUCACGACCCUCUCAAGUCUAACGAUUGCCGGGGGAGCCGCCGCGUUCUCCAGAUACGAGGGUUGGUCCUACUUCGAUUCCGUUUACUACUGCUUCAUCACCCUGACGACCAUCGGGUUCGGCGACAUGGUCGCCCUGCAGAAGGACAACGCCUUGGAUAAUAAACCCGAAUACGUUAUGUUCGCGUUGAUCUUCAUUCUGUUUGGAUUGGCGAUUGUUGCCGCUUCGCUUAAUCUUCUCGUCCUGAGAUUCGUCACGAUGAACACGGAGGACGAACGGAGAGACGAGGCGGAAGCCUUGCAGGCCGCUCAGGGCGCCGUGCGUCUGGAGGGUGACGUGAUAACGGCGAACGGUUCGAUCCUUUCGGGACAAAUAGGGAACCAAGGAGACACAAUUUCACUGGACGACAACGCAUCAGUUUGUAGUUGCCGCUGCAGUGGUUUUUAUAAAAAAAGACGAAGACAACGAUUCACGGUACGUCGUUCACCGGGGAAAAUAUCCCAUUUAUUACCGAUGCAGCAAUUGCCCGCGCUUAACGUGAGGUCGGAUCGUUGUCCACCGCCCCUGACACCGCUGCUGCAACUGCCGCCAAUCUAUCAGCACAGAGCCAGCAUCUGACGGUCUCCUUCGAUAAAAACCCUCCCGCGAACGGCCGUAGCUGCGUUUUAUCAACCCCGUCGAGCCUCCGUCUAACGACCAUUUUCACAGGACCUCUCGCCCCGGGUCCUGCAGAUCUCGAAUCUCGAGGUCGUCGCGGUGGAUGGUCAGCGUGGAGAGAAAAAAGGUGCUGAAACAAAGUCGAGGUGUUUAAACGUUACUUCGAACUUCCGCGUAGAAGGUAUUUUUCAAUUUUUCAUACGAGAAGAGGGAUCGAUUAUUUCGACUCGCCUACGCGGCUGUGGAAAUUUUCUUUGGACGGGAUCGUCGGAGGCGUGACAGAGGCUGGCUUUUGAUAAAUGUGAGGCUCACGUCGGCGCGGAACUCCACGAGGGAAAGACCGCGUCUCGAGCGUUGAGCCAUCGUCUUGUCUUGUCUUGUCUUUGAAUCGGGAAUUAACGAGGAACGAACUCGUCGAACAUAAACUUGAAAAAGGAGAGUGGGAUUCUGGAAAUGAAGACAACGAAUUAGCUACGCCCCGAAAAAUUUUGCUGGCGAACGAACAUCAUUCAAUCGAGAAACGAGAUACGGAUCACGCGUUAACGGCGAUGAAGAGAUGCGAAAAUAAUCCCGGUGCUUUGGAAACGAGGUAUUACAUUACAGGGGAUACCUCUAUCCCGAUGUAACAUGUUAACCUUAACGAAGUUAACAUUUGACUUUCGGCUCACUCGGUUAUUCCAAACUUUCCAUCACCUAAUUGUUCUGUAUAUCAGGAGACCUAAUUGUGUCUGGGUAAAUCGGUUAUACACUCAACGUCUGAACCCAGCUCUGUAGCCUCCAGAACUCCCCCCAGCUUCAACUUUAUGCUCAUUAGUCAUUGUCAGCAGCAGCAGCAGCAGCAGCAGCAGCAGCAAUACCGCCCGCGCCGGUAGCAAAGAGGAAUCUCUCGUCUCUGUUUAUAAACUGCAGAGGAGCGUAAACCCUCGACUACUUGGAUUAAUAAUGUUCACUGCCCAAAGGCCAGAGCUGUGAAACUAAACUUUGAAAAUAUUAAAUUGGAAAAAGAUGAUUCACACGAUUAUCGAUUGGAACUUGACGCUCGGAAUUCAGCCGUUCUUAUUGAGGUGGUUCGCCGCCGGUCGUGGAAAAGGGAGAAAAUAAAGAUGCUUCUGAAAAGCCGAUGUCCAAAUUUCGAUGUGUCAUCUGUUGCUUCGCAGACAUCGAUCAUCACGGUUUCAUCCAAUUCGCAGGUGGGGCUUAGGCUUUUGGAAAAGCUUGAAACUGCCACGUUUUUCAUACCCCGAUCUUCGUUGAGCUUCCGAGAUCGCGAUCGGGGAAGAAGAACAACGAGGAAAAGAUAGGGGAUUGUAAAAUCUGCUGUAAUUUUCAUUUUUCAAACCAUCUGAAUUGUUUAUCGAACAGUGCGGGUUGAAAUAAGAGAAAGAUAUACCUCGAGAACGUAACGUGGGGAAAUAGAACCGCGUACCCUGCAACAACUUCCAAGUACUGGAAUACAGUUUCAAAGCUCUUGAAUAUGAGGGAAAGUUUCUGUUUACAGCGGUUUCCGCUUCUUGAUUCUCGCUAUCUUCGGUCGUUUCGAAUAUCGAAGGUAUAUACGUUACGUAAUGCACCGUGAUGUUUUCCCUGCACCCCCUCAAUUACACGGCAUACGGGCGAUCUGCUGAGAGACCCGUAUCUGCAUAUUGAAGAAACAGAGGAAAAAAAAACAUCCAACACUCUGUCACGCUCCUUUAUUCUUCCAUUAUGUUUCAUAGCCAGAGCUUCCAGCGAGCUUCCAUCGUUAGCUCUUGCCAAAGAACAACCUAUAUUAUAUCCUUGUCGUACGAUUUAUAAAAACGAACCUAACGAAUGCAAGCGAAACGAAAAAAGAAAAAAAAAAAAAAUAUAUAGGUCAAGAAGUAUUGUGUACAAAAUAUUUUAAUGAAAACUGGGGAACUUGAUAUCAAAUUUGGAGAGAAAGAAAAAAAAACGAAAAACUUUAAUAAACAACAACAACAGAAAAUAACGACACCCUGUAUUACGCUAAGGGUAAUAACUUUAAACUGACGAAUGAAGAGAGAAGAAUAAUAUGAAAAAAAUUCAAAACCGAAGAGAGAAGAAAAAAAAAAGAAAAAUAAAAACAUUUUACAAUUUGUAUAUAAACUAUAGACUUAUAACUAGAUGUAACAAUUCUCAUAAAAAAAAGCAUUCCAAAUUUAUAUACACAUACACAUACUUGUAAACAUUGCGUACCUAUAAAUACAUAGUUACGUAUAUCUGUAUUAUAUACAUAGUAAUAUUAAUACGCGUUAUCGAUUUUCCAUUUCUUAGAGAUUAAGUAACUUCGGAUUGUUAACGACCACAGUAGAAGAAUAUGAGCAGUAUACGCAGGGUACCUACUCUCGAUCGUUGCGUAGUAACUUCACUUGAGAUUCAACCUGCAGAAUAAUUUAUUCCUUACUUACGAUUUUCACUCGUACAAUGCCCAGUAAAACACGCAUUCCAGAGUAAAUUUAAAAAUGUACGUAACACGCGAACACACACCCACACACACACACACACACACACACACACACACACACAAACACAUCGCGGAAUUUAAAACGUCGUCAUUCACCAGUCAUUCAUCUUACAAUUAGUUCGAAGAAAAUAUUGCGAAAAUCAACGUGCACGAUUCGACUCUCAAAAUGUCGUUCGAUCGGGUAAUCGCGAGAUAAAUUUCCUCCGCACUUCAACCGAAUACUUUCGAUGGUCGAACCUGGUCGUUAAAUAACAUUUUUUUCCAAAUUAACCGAAGAAAAGGGCAACGAAACGAAUAAAAAAAAAAAAAAUUAAAUAAAAAUGAAUUACAAGAAGAAAUAAAACGAACAAACAAACAAAUCUGUGUGAGUGCUCGCAGGUAAUAAUUGUGUGAUUUUUGGGUAUAAAUGUCAAUGUAUUGUUACGUGGUAUGAAUUAUACAUAUACAUACAUGUACCUAUAUAUUAUACCUACUUGUAUAAUACGAGAAGAAAAAAAAAAGAAGAAAAAAAAAACAUUUUUAACUAUGAGGCAGCAAUUAUAAUCAGAAUGUCUAAUUAGAUUUAUACAAUACUAAUUGAUAUUAUAUAUAUAUACGAUAUAUAAAUGUUAACUGCCAGACAAUACAAUGCACUUUUUAUCGGUCCGUAAAUACGAAAAACGAAAAAGAAUUACCGUGUGAAAAACUAACGAAGGUGGAAAGAAACGAGAAUGUAAACGAAACCAUGUAAAAUUCGAGAAUAAUUUUGCUACCUCACAAUUAUCAGUGUUAAAUUAUUACCUAUGUACGGGGUGGGCCACAAGAUAGGACGUAAAUUAGAAAAAAAAAAAUAAAAACGAUAGAGAGAAAAAGAUUCGGUGAAUUUUAAAAUGUCCACGAAAGUUGAACGUUUCAAAAUUGUCCGUUUUUAUAAAAUUCCGAUUUUUCCCUCACCCUGUGCAUCGUAUAAUAUAUGUAUAUUCGGUGUUUGCGGAAGAACGAGACGAGAAAACUAAUCGCUCAAAUUGAACGUAAUUCUGAAUGUUAUCUCGACACGCAACGCGUCCAGAAAAUCGAUGAUUAAUUAGCGACAAUUGAAAUGGAAAUCAAUCGAUUCCUACUCGAUAAAUUUCUCUUUCCCCCCUCCCCCAAAAAAAAAAACCAGCGUAAAAUGUAUAAUGACAUUAUACACGUACGUAUGUAUAUUUGACUCUAAAAUACGAACGUCAUCGAUAAAAUCAAAUUAUGCAAUUUAUCUAUAUAGAAUUUUUCUCGAGACACAUCAAUGCUGCCACGAAUGGACCCCCUCUUCACAAAAAAAAGAAUGAAUAAAAUAAAACAAAAUAAUUUGAAAACGAACAAAUAAAGAAAAGUAUAAAGAAUGAAAAUUAUAAUGAAUAAAAAAUAAAAAAACAUAUAGAAAUAUAAUUACACAGUUAUAUAUUAUGUACUAUAUAUAUAGGUAUAUAAAAAUGUUAUAUAUGUGAAUGAUAUCAUGAUGAUGCGAAUGAUAAUGGCGACAGUGAACGAUGGUGGUGAUGAUGAUGAUGAUUUUAGGUGAAUUCUGAGCAUACCGUGUACAUUAUAUGAUAUGUGAAAUUGAAUUUAUUGUGUAACCCCCAACUUUCUUCAACGUCAAACAAAAAUAAAUUAAAAUAAAAAAGAAGACACAUGCACACAGAAACACAAAAACCAAAAAGAACACAUUAUACCGACUACAACAUUUAUAAACUGUAAUAUAUUAGAAUAGAAUAUUAUUACAUUGUAUUGGAUUAUACGAAAAGUAAUUCUCAUAUUACUAUACAUAUAGAUAUUACUAUAAAAGGAAAAGAGGAAGAAGAGAGAGAGAAAAAAGAAAACUUGAAUGAAAAAAUAAGAGAGAAAAUAGAAAUUUCAACACUAAUCAAGAGACUGUAUGAUAUUUCCUAUAGCUAAUCAUUUAAACCUAUAAAUUUUUCGAAUUUUCAUCGUUUUAAUCUUCGCCCCUUUAUUAAGCUUUAGCUCGGACACCUGCAGCCGGGAAUCCAAUUGUAAUGUAUUCGACAGGAUUUUCAGAAAG